GAGUGCCACCGCUUCCAGGGCUGGCCGCGGCGUGGGACAGCUGUACCCCGGCUCCCUCUGGGUGUGUGUUGCCGCAUUCCCUGCUGCGAUGAGCUUCCUCAAAAGCUUCCCUCCGCCGGGGCCUGCCGAGGGGCUCCGGCAGCAGCAGCCGGACACUGAGGCUGUGCUGAACGGGAAGGGCCUCGGCACCGGUACCCUUUACAUCGCCGAGAGCCGCCUGUCUUGGUUAGAUGGCUCUGGAUUGGGAUUCUCAUUGGAGUACCCCACCAUUAGUUUACAUGCUGUGUCCAGGGACCUAAAUGCCUAUCCACGAGAGCAUUUGUAUGUUAUGGUGAAUGCCAAAUGUGGAGAAGAAUCAAAAGAAUCUGUGGCUGAUGAAGAAGAAGACGACAGUGAUGAUGAUGUUGAACCUAUUACUGAAUUUAGAUUUGUGCCUAGUGAUAAAUCAGCAUUGGAGGCAAUGUUCACUGCAAUGUGUGAAUGCCAGGCCUUGCAUCCAGAUCCUGAGGAUGAAGAUUCAGAUGAUUAUGAUGGAGAGGAAUAUGAUGUGGAAGCACAUGAUGGGAUGGAAGUGGAUACUACACCAACAGUUGCUGGACAGUUUGAGGAUGCAGAUGUUGAUCACUGAAAAUGGUUUAUGUUGUUUGAAGAUUCUGCUCAUAACUGUAGGAGAGAAUUUGGUGCCUCUUCCACUCUGGAGUGGGUUGAUGACAAGUCUUUUUCCUUCUCCAAAAUUCACCUGAACCAGUUCUUUCUUGAGACAGACUGUACUGAGACAUGUUGUCACCAGCAGAAUUUUAUUAACAAAGGUGAAUUAACUUAACCAAGAGGGUACUUGUAGUUCAUUAUCUACCCCCCAAAACUUUCUGUGUCUAGGGUACCCUCUGGGGAAGUCUGUAAUUCCUGCUUUUACUGUAUGCAUCUUCUGUCAGCUAGUAGGCCUAUGUGGUGAAAACACACAGGAGCUUGGAGGUACAGGUAGACUAGGUGGGAGAGAGAGGUUGAAGCUAAGAAAUGCUUCUUUGGGGUUAGGAUACCCAUACUCCUAAAAAGAAAGGUCUCAGAGGAAUCCUAGCCUCUGCUCAUUCUUCACACGGACCAGAGUCUUCUAUUAAUUUGGGGCCUAGAUUAAUUAAUUGAGGCAUUUCUAGGUAACCUCUUUAGUAAUAUCCCAGCCACAUAUGCUACCAGAUUUUGCUCCUUUGUCCUGUUUCAUCAGUCUGCUCUGUUACAACCUCUUCAGUUGUAUCCUUUACUUUCCAACAUCUUAAGUUAGUUCUGUAACGGAAAAAGUGAAACUGGGAUGAAAUCCAAAUGGUGAUUGUUUUGUCUUUGUAAUAGCUUAACAAAUAAAUCUAGGUUUUCUAUAUUACUGGGC